AUGGCUCCCACUGCAAUUGCUGACUUGGUCAAUCACGGCCACAACGCAGACUCGAGAGAGCGUCUAGAUGUUUUGAAAACCAUCGAUCCGGACUUUGUGAUCGAGGAACAUCCCAUCGAUGAGUAUGAACCUAUCCGAGCUAUAGUCGUCGGAGGCGGCAUAAGUGGAAUUAUCGCCAGCAUAUUGCUGCCAGCGAAAGUUCCCAAUCUAGACCUGGUCGUCUACGAGAGAAACUCAGAUAUCGCAACAUUCGCCCCCUCAACGACAUGGACGGAGGCGUACGCAACUGGGCCUGAGAUAUUUGCCUAUUGGAAACGCAUCGCAGAUCAGUAUGAGGUGCGCAAGUACAUCCGUACGAGCCAUACCGUGACCUCAGCAGAAUGGUCCGAAGAGAAGGCGAAGUGGAUUGUUAAGAUUCAUUCAGAUGAAGGAGAAUUUGUUGACGAGGCCAACUUCUUGAUUACCGCCACAGGCCAUUUCAGCGACCCGAAGCUCCCAGAUUAUCCGGGCAUCAAGGACUUCAAAGGGCACCUCAGACAUACCUCAAAUUGGGAUCCAAACUUCGACCCCCGAGACAAGUGUAUCGCCGUUAUUGGAAACGGUGCUUCAGGACUUCAGGUGCUGCCACAAUUGCAGAAAGUCGCAUCGAGAAUCGACCACUAUGCCCGCAACAAGACGUGGGUGGCAGCGCCGAUUGGAGGAGAAGAUCUUGCAGACUUUGUCGCCGACAACAUCGAAGACGCGCGAACAAGCCCAGAAAAUUACUUGAGAUUUCGCAAAGCCCUGGAAGCAAAGCUCUUUAGUCGCUUUGGUGGCAUCUUCAAGGAUGGACCGCAGAACGCAGCUGCUGAGGAAUCUAUCCGAAAACUGAUGAAGGCUCGCCUUUCCGGAAAUAAUGAGCUGGCGGAAGAGAUCAUUCCUGACUUUUCCGUUGGCUGUCGUCGGCUGACACCAGGGCCUGGGUAUCUGGAAGCGCUGACGGCGGACAACGUGAAGUACAUAAGGGACCACAUUGCGGAGUUUACAGAAACGGGUAUCCGUACGGUUGACGGUAUGACUUUCAGUCCCAGUACAAGUCCAACUUACUGA